AUGGAACGAACGCCCUCGGGAGGGUUCAGCACGACGAAUGGCACGCUCUACGUCUCCAAGCCGUUUCGGAGCAGAACGAGCAAGAAGAUGCGCGCGAUGGUCAGCUUUGCCCCGCGCAAGAGCGCGUUUGACAUUCAGAACGAGCAGAGCAUAACGAAUGAGUUCAGGGGCUUCUUCACACUCUUCUGGAUCUCAAUCUUCAUCCUCGCCGUGGGUGCCUACGUCCGCUCCUUCGAAAGAUCAGGCUACUUCCUUGAGCUUGCCUUCGCGCGGCUCAUGUCCCGCAACGCUGUAUCUCUCGCCAUCUCCGAUGCAGUGCUCGUCCUCAGUACCGGCUUUUGCGUGCCGUUCGCAAAAGCCGUUUCGAAAGGCUGGAUACGCUACUACUGGUUCGGCGUCGUGAUUCAGCACGUCUUCCAGACGUUCCUUCUCGCCGUUACCGUAACCUGGACAUCCAAUCAACAUUGGCCAUGGGUUCAGUCCGGCUUCCUUACCCUGCACACCCUCGUUAUGAUUAUGAAAAUGCACUCCUACAUGUCGACGAACGGCUAUCUCUCCUACGCGCACGCGCACGCUCAGCAACUCUUGGCCCAGUUGCAGAAGGCUGCCAACGCGCAGGGAGGCUGGCAGAAGGCUCUCUCCGACGCCAAGGCGAACAGUCCGGAGGCUCACGACGAGAAGGAAAAGGAGGGUGAACUAACCCCGAGUGUAUCCAACACCGCCAGCUCCCCCGCUGUCGGCACCCCGGCAGUACCGACCGGUGCGGACGUGAGCACCUCCUAUAUAGACGCCGACGCGGCCUCAACUCUGCGCCAACGCCUUGUAGCCGCCACAAAUGCGGCCCAGAAAGCUGGCACCAACGAAGAAAGCGCCUCCAAGCUAGUAUCCGAGGCCGCCGCCGCCGUCAAACCUUCCCCAGGUGACACUGUGAUGUCUGCACAUCCGCCGGCCAUCUCCACGGAUUCCGAUUCUCCUCGUGCACCCACUCCGCAUCCCCUCGUGCAUCAUCCAGACCCAACGAUUGCGGAUUUGGUCAGGGAGUACUCUGAAUUGGAGUCCGAGCUUACAUCCAUGGGUCCGAAGUAUGUGCGCUGGCCAGAGAACAUUACCUGGAAGGACUUUGCCGUCUAUCAGCUCAUCCCGACACUCGUUUACGAGCUUGAGUAUCCGCGCACGGACAAGAUACGGCCAUUAUACGUGUUUGAGAAGACAGUUGCCACCUUCGGCACCUUUGCGUUGCUAUACACCGUCACAGAGGCAUUUAUCCUGCCUCUUACCCCAACACCGGAUCAAUCGUUCCCUAAAUCGCUGCUGGACCUCGCGCUCCCCUUCAUGAUCGCAUAUCUGUUACUAUUCUAUCUUAUCUUCGAGUGCAUAUGCAACGCUUUCGCCGAGUUAUCAUACUUCGCCGACCGCCAAUUUUAUGAGGACUGGUGGAACUCGACAUCCUGGGACGAAUUCUCCCGGAAAUGGAACAAGCCCGUUCAUACGUUCCUCCUCCGACACGUAUACGCGUCCAGCAUAUCAACCUAUCGCAUCUCGCGAGGCUCGGCUAUGUUCCUUACGUUCCUGCUCAGUGCGGCAGUGCACGAGCUCGUGAUGGUGAUUGUGACGCACAAGAUCAGAAUGUACCUCUUUGUGAUGCAGCUCGCCCAAAUCCCACUGAUAUUCAUUGGCCGGAUACCUGCCAUCAAGCAAAACAAGCUUCUAGGCAACAUCGUCUUCUGGAUCGGGCUCUACGCCGGCUUCCCGUUGCUAUGCGUCGCGUACUGCGCAUAUUGA